AUGGGAAGAGGGAAACGGCGGGAGCUCUCUUCUCUUCUCUCUUCCCCCUUCCCAUCAUGCCCCGCGCGCUCUCUUUUUCUUUCUCCCCAGCCUCCCCACAACACAAAAGCCUCCCCACAAUACAAAGAGGCCUCUGCGGAGGAGAGAGAGCAGGCGUUGAAGUUUUACAAAAAAACCAAGGUAGAGCUACCUAGCAAUCAGUCAAAGGAACUUUGUCAACUGAUUCAGGCAAUUGAAAGUUCAGAGGCUGGGAAGAGAGAGCUUGGCAAAAUAGUACAGGAGGGAAAUCAGUUCGAAGGCAAAGGGGGUCUCAAAGCAGGUGACUGUGUCAAUGAGACGUGGCGCAAGGACAGGGAAGAGUUUUUCAAAGACCAGCAAAGCAAUGGUGAGAUAGCUCUAAAUUAUAUAUUAAUGCUUAAUUUUUUAGGGCAGCAUACGGAGAAAACUGUGAAGAUUUUCUUCCCUUCGAAUAUUUUCAUGCCUGGCAACAAUUUUCUUACUUUAAGUGCAAAAAUUCAUUGAGCUUUUAAAAUGAGUUUUAGUGAGUCAUGAUCAGGUUGUAGGGAUUUUGAAGUACUCUCGAAAUCUCUGAAUGAAGAUCUGAUAAUAACAAAUAACAAAAUAAUAAUAACAUUUUACUGCAGGUCAAUUAAGAAAACUCUUAAUGCAUUUGUUGCAACCAGAUUGAUUAACAUGUUGAAACAUACUUUUUAUCAUUAUUUUCGACAGUGACCAUGAAGAAAGGAAACCGGUGGUCAGUAGCCACUAUUAGAGUUGGUAAGGAGACAAAACCUCAAUGCCCUAACUACACAGUAUGAUUUCCAUAUACAUACCAAUACAUCUACUUUUCUCAAUCAUGCAUUUCCUGCACUAAAAAAAAUUUUUGUUUAUUACAAAAUAUUAUAUUUUGACUAUUAUAUCUUUGAUGACAGCCAGUAUUUUAUGUACCACAGCUCUGGCAGUAUACAACCGAUGUCCAUCAGCUUAUGAGGCAGUACGUGAUCUUCAUAUACUACAGCUUCCUUGCACAAAAGUUCUAAAGAAGAUCUUAAAAGAUGGUGCUGAGAAUCCUGGUAUUGACCUCAAUUACUUGGAGUCACAACAACAGAAGUUUAAGGCAUACCAACAACAGCGUGAAAGUGAGGGACAUCCCCAGCCUCUGGGAAUUGGUGUCUUGAUGUGGGAUGAAGUAAAGGUUAGGGAAGAAAUAUUAAUUGUUACUUUUUACAUAACAAGCUGAGACUGUAGUCCAGGGAAAAGGGAGGGGUUGUAUUAAUUAAUUUUUUGCUCUGAAUUGUGAAAACAAAGGUGUCCAGUAUAUGAUUUCUAUGACAAAAUUAACACUGUCUUUUCACCUUAUAAGAGCAAUACUGUAGUUAGAUGCCAGGGAUUACCAGGCACUGCUAGCACACACUCUUGUUUUAUGGUACCACAUGUAUUUUAUAUGUUGUAAAAAAGAAAUGAGCAAUAAGAGGAGCCCAUAAAAUAUAUAUUUUUUUGUAAAUUAUAUGUUUGGUUCCUUCAUUGCUCUUGUGAUGAAAAUUAUUCACAUUUUUUUUUUCUUUCAGGUCCAGAUGAAAGUAGCAUGGAACUUAAAAGGUGGAGGAAUAUCUGGUUUCACUAUGGCCCAUGAUGAGUUGCCUGUGUUGCAUGAUGUUUUCUCAUCAGCCAUUGCAAGUGGGUGCCAGAAGACUAGCUAUAUACAUAGUGCAGUUUCUGUGGAGGGACCUGACGUCUGGGUUUGACCUGAUUGGACCUUAUUUUCCUGUUCCGAACUCUAUGGAUUCAAAUCUCCUACAAGAAUUUUUCAUGCUGUGCCUGAAAGCAUUCACUGCAUAUGGUUUUAGAGUUGCCAUCGUUCUUUGCGAUGGGGCAUCUUCUAAUUUGACCUUAUUGAAGAUGUUAUGUGGAUUUCCAAGGGCAACACUCCCCAUUGAUGAGGAGGCAGCAGAUGAGAGAGCUCGGUACUCUGUGGACAUGUCGUUUACUAACCCAGAGGAUCCUACGGGAAAUCCAAUAUUUGCAAUGAUUUGCCCAAGUCAUCAGGUAACUAGCAUCUUUAAACUGGUAUUACCACUUUAUGUAAGUCAUUUAAGGAAGGUCAACUCUUAUGAAGUUACCUAACCCAUUUUUUAACACACAAUAAACCCUGUGUGUUUUCAGUUGGUUUGAGCUCUUCAAAUUCUCUGGCUGAUUCAUGACCUUUUUGUUUGUCAACAAUGCAAUUUUUUUAACUAUCCUCAUUUAGGAUGUUCCAUAACUGUCCAUGGCUGCUAAUUAAAUUCCGUGACUUUCCAGGACUGUGAAAUGAAAUUUAUAACUACUUCCAAUAACAUUCCAGGUUUUUCCAUGACCAGAAUGUACCUUGUACCUUGCAAAUUCUUUUGGUCACAAUAUUGUUUAGCAGAUGAUGUCAGAAAACAAAAUUUGCCAAUAUGCACAGAAUUUAAAUCAUAUCCAUUGCUAUUCAACUGUUCCUUCCAGUCGAAUAUAGUAAAUUAUUGUCGUUGUCAGAUUAGUAUUCCAUUCAAAGAGAGUUGGUGUUCCACACACUGAAUUUUACACGUAGUUGUAGUCGUUGUUUCUUUCCUGUCCAGUAUUAUAAUAUUUUCCAACUACAACACCCCCCCCGCCCCCCCCCCCUCCCUCCCCUGGUACUACACUUUUUCAGAAAUUAUCAUGAAACAUUCCUCACAGAUUUAUGUUAUAUAACAAUAUGUUAUUACAGCCCACCUUUUUAAUUUGUAGCUUAAAAAUAUGAUAGCUGCCUUGUACAGCUCAAGACCAAAUGGGUCCAAGAAGCUGACAUUGAAUGGCACCCAGUUUGGAUGGGAAACAAUCCAGAAGAUAUAUGAAGAGGAACUGCAAAGGGCAGAAAGGGGUACCAGCCGCAAAGUCCCUGGACUGAAAUAUGCUUUUGUGUAUCGUGACAACUGGACUCGUCUAAAUGUGAGGCCAGCAAAAAUCAUGCAGGUGAUUGGUGGUUAUCUGUUGUAAUUAAAUUGUCUUUAACCUUAAGUAUCAUAAUCCAGGGUGGAGCAGAAACUUCCAUGCAGUCAUCAAAUGCUGCAUCUUACAUUCAAUUCAAAAAUCAAAAACAAUGAAAAUAAUAAUUUAUGUAGGCUGCAGCAGUGGUGACAUUAUUAUGAUUUAAUCAUUAGCAUCACUGGUGUAAUUACAAUUUUGGCUAUGUUUUCCCCUAUAGCAACGCUACAUGAUUGCAGCAGUCCAAGACCUUACUGGGCAGAGUGCAAAGCCUGUUGCUAGUUUCUUGGAGGCGUGUAACCUGAUUUUUGAAAAUGGUUUAUUGAGCUCACGGAGGGUUAGAAGCAUGAACAGCCCAAUCAUCCAGAACAUCAAAAAAGGAAUGGAAUUCUUUGAAAAAUGGUGUUUCAGCCAUGAACAAACAGGUACAGGCAUGUGAUUCUAAGAAAUACCCUGUAAGUUUUAGUCAAGCAAGAAUUUGGAGGAUUUUCAUCCUUUUGCUAAUUUCUCCAGCUGCAUAAACACCAAACUAUUAUAUUUGCAAAAAUGAAUUGAACAAGACCUGUUAUAAAAAAUGAUUUUAAUGGGUUUGGUGAUUGCUGAGGAGAUCUUGUACACUGAUACUACUGAAUUUGUUUGCCUUAGAAUCUCCUGAUAAUAGCAAGAAAUCUCGUCAGAGCAAGUUCCUCGCAUGGCAGGUUAGUUGAAGUUGAUAAAUUAUUAUUAGGUAGUUCCAUGGCUAAUAUGGGUAAUUAUCAAUAGCUGAAAUAAGCAACAAAAAUUUGUUGAAGCAUUGAGAUAUGUAUGGGGUGAUUAUUUCUACCAUGUAAUGGUAAAAUGAAACAGCUUCCAUUAUGUGGUUAAAGGAGCCUUUUUCUGUAACAAUAUUAUAUUGUUUUUUAAGUAUUGUUUCAUUAUCAAAAUUAAAUAGUCUUGUUGGAAAUGUUAUUUGAAGAGCAUUGUAGUUGGUGCAAAAAAAUAAUUACAUGUCAAUGACAAUUCACUUUCUACUUCAUACAGAUUUUGGUUUUUUUCUUGCAUUGAGUGGUAAUAGAACUUUUUUCUCCUAGACUUGGGAUCUGCUCCGAGUUGUGGUUAAUGGCUUUCUGUCAUUUUGCGAGUGGUUUUUCACCAACGUGUCUCCAGAUGGAAGAUAUUUCAUUAGCCCUUUACGAAUUAAUGGCAGUGCAUUGGAGUCAAUCUUCAGUGUACUUAAGCAUACAAGUGGUGGAAAUUUGUCUGCUAUUUCUUACUCUCCUGCAUUAGGCAGAUUAAUAAGUAGGAAAGCUUUAAUUCAAAAUAAGAAUUCAGAGAAGGGAUACAGGGAUGUUAAGCUUAACAUAGAUGGGGAGGCAACCUCUUCUGAAGACCAGGUUUCCGUUUUGUACACUAGUAUUUCAAAUACGCUUUGUAAAUACAUAUUCCCAUCCACUAUUGCUCAAUCGUCACUUGGAGGAAGACAAGGCAGCAAUGCCUGUACAAUAAUAGCUGUUAAAUUUGGGGCCUAUAUUUCACAGCACAAGCUGGAAGUUUCUUUGCUGUGGAAACAGCUGCCACAAUUGUGGAUUCACUCGCUAAUUAAUGCAAUCUGUGAUGGCAAUGACAUGUAUGAUGAACUUUACGGUGACACAGCCAUCUACCUUGAUGUAGAGGAUGUAGUACAGUCAGUGGGUACAGAAUUUAAUGUGGAGUCUGUCAGUGCACUUUUUGGUUUUACAAAUGCAAAUGAUUAUGCUUAUCUGUCAGCCCAUCAACCUUCACUGCCAAUGUUGUUGCUUGGUAACCAAUUAAGUACUAAUGAAUGGUAAAGUUUUGGAUCAAUCAGGUAGCUUUUUAUGAAAGGCAAAAAAGGUUUAAUCAUGGUAUGUUAAAUGACAAAGUUUCAUUUCAUUUUCUCUCAGCAUUUCAUUUAGGCCUAGCCCUUCAACAGUGGAGGACCCCAGAUCUCUGUACAAACCCUCACUGCUCUUAUUAUAAUUAUUUGAUGGGCUCCUGGUUAGCCAUUAAUUCUGAGCAGGAAACGAUUUGCAUUGUUUUCACGCACCCCUCCCCCAAUCCCUCUGUCUCCCAAAAUAUAGCGUGACAGUAUAACGUGACUAAUUUGAUGUAACCGGAAAUUCCAAAAUUUAUUGUUGUUCUACGUGUAUAUGAAAUGCGACAGAGCCAGCUGCUCGCCACUAAGCUGAUUUACACUAGACAGAAAUAUUGUAUUGCAUGAAAACCAGAAGUUUACUAAAACAGACAGCCAACUGCCCAUUGAUCCCGAUGCAGGGGCCUCACUAACUGCACUGAGACUUUAAAUAGACGAUCCUAAUUUGCUAUCUACAGUCUACAUGAAAACGCACUAUUUUUUCCACAAGAUAAAAAAUAUUCAGUUUUAUGAUUUUCCUCUUGGUAUUUUUCUCUAACUUAAUGCACCUGUCAAUGUUAAGCCCUAGGGGAGGGGGGCCGCGCAUACCUCGGGAAUUUGACUCAGUCUCCUCUCCCGUGGCUGGG